CAAAAAAUAUUUUAAUAACCAAAUGAAACCUUAUUAAUUGAAUACAAAUACGGUGUCGUUUAUCUAUUGAAUAAAAUGUUUUUAUAGUUUUAUAAAGAAAUUAAGAUUUUUGCAGCAUAGAAUAUGUUUGAGUCUGAUGACUUUGAUCAGAUAUUAUCUCAAUUUGAUUUUAACGAAGUCCAAAGUGACGGCUCUGUAAUAAAGACGGAGUCAGUAAAAAAUAUAUUAUGUGGUGUGCAAGCUCAUAUUCCCAGUCAUAGUCCCAAAAAAGUUGCAAAAAGUUGUUUAGAAAAACAUAAAAACAAGAUUGAUUUCGUUUCAAAUAAAAAUAUACUAGAAAUUGAUAAAGUGUCACCCAAACACUUAAAACGGAAUAUUAUUAAUUCUCAUUUUGAUUACAAUACAAAAAGAAAAUUCCCUGGUCCAGCUGGGUUGCUACUGGGUAGUCUUCAAGAAAACAAAGACGAAUCUGUGUCUAAUAUAGAGCUUCUGUCACAGGAUAUAGAUUUCUCACAGCACAAUAUAAAGAAACAGGCAUUUGAAUCACCACUCUGGCAUAGAUUAGAAGAGCAUGUAAAAAAAUGGAAGUUGGUUGAUGUUGACUCAAUAAUAAGUAUAAAACAGCAGGCAGUUACUGGUGAUCUCAGACAGAGAAAAGCACAAACUGUCACUGCAUUUGUGGAGUGUGUUGAUAGAUCUGUGAUUGAUCCACUUAUAGUAUUAAGAGAUACAACAGGUAAUAUUAAAUGCACUCUUCACAGAGAUGCAUGGUCCACCUUUUCUUCUUAUAUUGUCUCAGAAUAUUGUGCUCUAGUCUUAUGGAAACCAACAGUGCUAACAACAGGAAGUGCUUUUAAAAAGCAUUAUCUCAAUAUCACAUUGAAUAAUAUUUUCGCCAUAUUUAGCUCAGCAAUUUUACCAAAUAAUGAUGAGAAGGCAUUGCCUAAUGGAUUUAUAAAAGUCUAUGAAGAACUAUUUACAAUUAUUAAAAUUGAUAAAGCUCCUCAAUGUUUAGAAGCAAAUUUAAAUUCUAAUUCUAGUGCCGCCACUGAUGAUGAUAUAUUUGAUGGCUUAGAUAAUGUCUUUUUCGAAGAAAUAUUUUGAACUAAAUUUUAUAUGAUAUUGUCAUUGAACAGUAAGAUGCUAAUUGAAGAAAUAAGUAAAUUAUAUGAU